AUGUGCAGAGCAAACCCUACACGCUAUUUGGUUGCUUCCCCCUAGUGGUGAAAAAGAAAAUAGCAGUUUGGUGGAACCGACGGCUGUUGGCAAGCGCCACCUGCAGCGGAAGAGCGGCUCUCUAAUGCGCGACGUCAGAAACGGCGGAACCAUCCGGAGAUUUGACUUUGAAGAGAACUACAACAAUGUUCCUCUUAUGAUGCCGGAUGCCAAAACAAGCGACCGUCUUGCGCUGUUUAACCCCCUUGCGGCGAAACAGUAGAAGCGCAACGGUGUAAAGCGAAGGGCUCCUCCCGUCCUCGAAGCGCCGCGGUGCUCGUCCCUCUUGCGGCUUUGAUUCCGUGCCCGACGUUGCGUGCUAGGAUGGCCGGCAACGCAUGGAGGUCAACGGUGUCUCGGGUUGUUGGAGCUGUAAAGUCUGAGACUCCACGAUCCAGGACAUUCAUCCGUGAGAUGCAGACUGUUACUUUAAUCCCUGGUGAUGGAAUUGGUCCGGAGAUUUCUUCUGCUGUUAUGAAGAUAUUUGAAGCUGCCAAAGCACCUAUUCUGUGGGAAGAGAGAAAUGUUACAGCAAUCCAGGGGCCAGGCGGCAAGUGGAUGAUUCCACCUGAUGCUAGAGACUCAAUGGACAGAAGCAAGAUUGGUCUCAAAGGUCCAUUGAAGACACCAAUCGCUGCUGGCCAUCCUUCUAUGAACCUACUGCUGAGAAAAACAUUUGAUCUCUACGCCAAUGUGCGCCCCUGUGUGUCCAUUGAGGGCUACAAGACCCCCUAUACCGACGUGAACCUGGUCACCAUACGGGAGAACACUGAGGGAGAAUACAGUGGAAUAGAACAUGUGAUUGUUGAUGGAGUUGUGCAGAGUAUUAAGCUCAUCACAGAGGACGCAAGCAGACGCAUAGCGGAGUAUGCCUUUGAGUAUGCCAGAAAUAACCAGAGGGCCAGUGUUACAGCUGUUCAUAAGGCAAACAUUAUGCGCAUGUCAGAUGGUCUUUUUCUACGGAAAUGCAGAGAGGCAGCUGAAAAGUACAAAGAUGUGAAAUUCAGUGAGAUGUACCUUGAUACUGUGUGCCUUAAUAUGGUACAGGAUCCCUCGGAGUUUGAUGUACUAGUAAUGCCCAAUUUGUAUGGCGACAUCCUGAGUGAUCUUUGUGCUGGAUUGAUUGGAGGUCUUGGAGUGACUCCGAGUGGAAACAUAGGUACAAAUGGUGUUGCCAUUUUUGAGUCGGUUCAUGGAACUGCCCCAGAUAUAGCGGGAAAAGACAUGGCCAAUCCCACCGCUCUCCUGCUCAGUGCAGUUAUGAUGCUGCGGCACAUGGGCCUGCAUGAUUAUGGCAAGAAGAUCGAAUCCGCCUGCUAUGACACCAUUAGAGACAAAAGGGUUCUCACAAAAGACUUGGGCGGAAACUCCAAGUGUUCAGAAUUCACCUCAGCGAUAUGUGAAAGAAUACAAGACAUGGACUAAAGGGAAACUAACAGUUAUGAAGCUACUACAAAGGUUUGGGUCUCUCUCCCUCCCAUCAUUUCUCAAUGUAUCUGAUCAUGUCUUUGACCAAACUGCAAUAUAUGUACCUCUGUAAAGAGUCUGAAGAGUUGAAGCUCUGGAAUGUUUUAUUUGCUUCCUUCUGUAAACAAGAAAGCACUAUCUUAAAACUCUUGAACAGUAGUUGCUGUACUUGUGAAAUACAGAUUCAUCAACGGCCUAGUGCAAUACAAGAUGUUAUCUAUUUAAAGUGUAGGCUUAUUGUUGGCCUCCAUUCUAAUAUAUAGAACAUUUUAUGUUCCAUUGAUUGUCUUAACCUGAUUAUGUUUUAAUCAUAAUAAUAAAACUGAAAAU